UGUGUCGCCUUCUUUUGGACUAAUUUCCGGUAAAACCAUAAUAACUCCUAUCGAUGCCAAGGAUAUAUACUUAUUAGUUAAAAAGUUAGAAGAAAAAUUGACCAUAGAACCAACCGAAGAGGGCGAAGAAUCCUUAGAGGAAUUUACCCUUCGCCGACUGACUGAAAUACUAGAAGUAAAUAUAGAAGCAAAUCUUACUGAAAACAGCAAGAAGAUUCUAGAGAAAAUUCGUUCUGAUAAGCAAGCAAAAAUAACUCCUAACCAACAAACUAAUUUAAGGAAAGAUAUCAAAGAGCAACUCGUUAAGCAUUUUAAAAAGUUAAUAGCAGAUAACCAAAUUGAACAGGAAACUUUAAGUGACAAAACUAAAAGAAUUUUUGAAAAAGAUAGAAAAAAAUGA